AUGAAUGGGCUGUCUGUCUCAAGCAACGAAAAAACACAUUUGAAAGAGUUGAACAGCUUUUACCUUCAUUUUAUUUUAAUUCUUGCUUCCAGCUCCGCAUUGGAAAUAGAUUUUAGUCUUCCUCUUUGGCAUCGAAUUAUGUGGACCAUAUUAUUCAUGUGUAUGGUUAUUACUGCAUCCGUUGGCAACUUGAUUGUCAUAUGGAUAGUUCUAGCUAACAAGCGAAUGAGGACAGUGACCAACUACUUCCUUGUGAAUUUAUCAAUUGCUGACACUAUGGUCUCAACGUUGAAUGUAACAUUUAAUUUUAUAUACAUGCUGAACGUUGACUGGCCGUUUGGCAACUUUUACUGUAAAAUAUCACAGUUCGUAGCCAUUCUCAGCAUUUGCGCGUCUGUUUUUACAUUAAUUGCUAUUUCAAUUGACAGGUAUAUGGCCAUAAUAAAACCACUCCGACCAAGAAUGGGAAAAUCUACAACUCUAUUUACGGCAGCCAUGAUUUGGAUAGUAGGUAGCGUUGUUUCUAGUCCUAUGUUGUUAUUUUUUACUACCUAUGAUCUAGAAGACAGAGUUGUUUGCUAUGCGGAAUGGCCUGACGGUCCAACAAACCAUUCACUGCUAGAACAUGUGUAUAAUGUAGUAUUCAUGUUUUUGACCUAUUUCUUGCCGAUUGGAUCGAUGUCUUUUACUUACGCUCGCAUAGGUUUGGAACUGUGGGGCUCAAAGAGCAUAGGCGAGUGUACGCAGAGACAACAAGAAAAUAUCAAAAACAAGCGAAGGGUAUUUUCUAAAAGGCGCAGAGUCUAGGCCAGAGUACACACCGCUUCACAAAAAAUGUGCACGCGAAGAGUUUUUUGCUUCACGGCCUAGAUCCGUGCAGGUUUAUGCC